AUGAGCAAAGCAGACUCGCUGAGAGCCAGCAUCGUGGACGAGCUGUGGAUGUGGAACCUGUCACCGCAGGAUGCGUUGAAGCUGACCAAAGCAUGCGGCAUCUCUGGCAAAAAGCACGGCGAGGACCUCAUUCACGCCCUGGAUUCGUUCUGUCCACCUUCCCAUGACGAGUCGUGGCUCGACGUCAAGAGUGAUCUGCGCCCACUGCAGAACGUGGUCAAGAACAACCUUGGAAAAGGUCACGUGCUGUACAAGCUCAUCAUCAAGCUGCAAGGUGCAACGGCAAACGCAUCGAGCGGUGACGAUGACGACGACGAUGAUGCAAGUGGUGACAGUCCACCUCCCACGAAAAACCUGAUUGACGUCAUGUUUAACUCGUACCAUCGCAUCGACGACGACGACCAGCGCCUGCUACUUGCCAUCUCCUGCCUGCAAGGGCACGCCCUCACCUGGUACCGCAGCCUCGAUCCAGCUCCGACGAACAUGCAUGAGCUUCAGGAGCAACUCCGCGCGAGUUUCAAGACCAUCGAUGAGCAACGCCAACUGCGGGACCAACUUCGUCGACUGCGCCAAGACGGCAACGUGCAGGACUACGUCUUCAAGUUCCGACAGCUGAUGGUGCAGAUCGACGACAUGUCACGCCUGGACCGCAUUGAAGCUUUCAUCCACGGACUGCGGCCGCGCACCCGCCAGGAAGUCUCCUUCCACGGACCCGACACUCUGGAGCAGGCCUACCAGCUGGCCUCACGCUACGAUCGCAACUACACCACGGCCAACUCAUCCUACCGCCGUGGAGCGCCCCCGACGCAGCCACCUAAGUUCGACGACCGCGCCAUGGACAUCGACGCCAUCCGUGCCCAGCGCCCCCUCCGCCGACUGACUGACCAAGAGCGCGACGAGCUUCGGCGCCGUGGCGCCUGCUUCCGUUGCCGACGCGAAGGCCACCUCGCCGCCGACUGUCCGCUGAACGCCAGCGACCGUCGGACCCUCAUCGACCCCGGAAGCAGAAUGAACGUCCUGUCCCGAGACUACGCCCUUCGCCAUGGAAUCGCCGUUCAACCACGCCAGUACCCAGUGGAGUUUGUCUUCGCCAAUGGAACCAGGCAUGUCAGCAAGGACGACACGCAGGAAGUGACCUUGCGCAUUGGGACUCACCAGGAGCGACUGACCCAAGGACACCAAGACACCAAGACCCAAGAGACCCAAGACACCGACCUCAGCGACCAACCACCCUCCACGGACAACGCGACCAUCAACCUCGUGAGCGCCAGGCGGAUAGCCAAGGACCUGCGAGGGUCAGGAGUCGACGCAGCCUUCGUCCUUGUGCUCUCCAUGGACACCACACCGUCACCCAGUGAGGACCCACGCACCAACGCCUUAUUAGAGGAGUUCGCCGACGUGUUCCCCGAAGAGCUUCCAGGACUGCCACCCCGCCGCGAUAUCGACCAUGCCAUCGACCUCAAGCCCGGAGCCACGCCCCCCUCCAAGGCACCCUACCGCCUGUCAACGGACGAAUUGAAGGAACUACGCACCCAACUCGACGAACUCCUCGCCAAAGGCCUCAUUGAGGCCAGCACAAGUCCUUACGGCGCCCCCAUCCUCUUCGUCAAGAAGAAGGAUGGGACCCGAAGGAUGUGCAUCGACUACCGACAGCUGAAUGCCCAGACAGUCAAGGACUCGUACCCUCUUCCCCUCAUCGAUGACAUCAUCGACAGUCUCUGCGACGCCCGCAUCUUCUCAACUCUCGACAUGCGCGCCGGUUAUCAUCAGGUGCGCAUCCGCGCCGGGGACGAGGACAAGACGACCUUUCGCACUCGCUACGGCACCUUCCGAUUCCUUGUGCUGCCCUUUGGCUUGACCAACGCACCCCCGACCUUCCAACGCCUCGUCAACAACGUCUUCAAGCAGGAAAUGGACAAGUUCAUGGCACCCUACAUCGACGACCUCGUCAUCUACUCCAAGAAUGAGAAAGACCAUGAGCAGCAUCUUCGUCAGGUAUUGCAGAAGCUCCGCGACCAUCGACUGUACUGCAAGGCGAGCAAGUGUCACCUGUUCCAGACGGAGGUGGAGUUCCUAGGCUUCAUCGUGGGACAGGGCCACCUCAAGAUGCACCCUGCCAAGGCGGACGCCGUCGAGAACUGGUCGACGCCGCAGAGCACAACCCAGCUGCGGUCCUUCCUAGGCCUAGCAAACUUCAACCGCCGCUUCAUCGCCAACUACGCCAAGAUCUGCGCCCCGCUCAACGACGCCCUCAAGAAGAACGGGUUCAAGUGGGGCCCGUCGCAGGAGGAGGCCUUCCGGGAGCUGAAGCGUCGUAUGACACAAGCACCUGCACUCCGCAUCCCUGACCAGCGCCAGCCAUUUGAGGUGGCAACCGACGCAUCAGACCGAGCGAUAGGCGCCGUCCUACUCCAAGAUGGGCAGCCAGUCGCGUACGAGUCCCGGAAACUCCAGGCCGCGGAGCUCAACUACCCAGUGCGGGACAAGGAGGCCCUCGCCUUGAUCUACGCGCUGACCAAGUGGCGCGUGUACCUCCUCGACAAACGGACCACGAUCCUCACCGACCACCGCUCACUGACGAACAUCACCACCCAGAAGACAUUGAACGGCAGAUGGGCGCGAUGGAUAGAGCUCCUGAACGACUACGACCUCGACAUCCGUUACAUCAAGGGCAAGACCAACGUAGCUGCCGACGCCGUUAGCAGGAUCCCUGACUCAGACGCACAGGAGAUCACAUGCGCCGCCAUCUCUACCGCGACGCCGGCGGACCUGGUCAAACGCAUCAGCAACGACAUCGCGGAGGACGAGGAAUUCGGCCCGAUCUACAAGGCGCUGAAGAACCCCGACCAGACACCACCGCCUGCCGUGGCGGCGAAGCUCAGCCGUUUCGGACUCAAUGACGAAGACCUGCUGAUCUACCAGGAGCACCCGGAGCACCCGGAGGACAUACCUCUGCGCUGGUGCAUACCAGAGACGGCACGCGUGCCGCUUCUGGCUGAGUUCCACGACACUCCGACAGCGGGCCACCAAGGAAUUCACCGCACCCACGAGGCGCUAGCGCGCCACUUCUACUGGCCCCGGAUGCGGCGGGACGUGGAGCGCUAUGUGCGGAGCUGCAAAUCCUGCCAGCGCCACAAGCCGAGACAGGGCGCUGCCCCUGGUCCCCUGCAGCCCCUACCCGUUCCCCGAGAACCCUGGACCGAUAUCAGCCUCGACCUCGUCACCGGACUACCCAGGACCAGGACAGGACAGGACGCCAUCGUGGUCUUCGUCGACAGGCUGACUAAACGGUGUCACCUGGCGGCGACUACUAGCAAGUGCACGGGCCGAGACGUGGCCAAGCUGUUCAUCUCCCACGUGUUCCGACACCAUGGACUUCCUGCCAGAGUUGUGUCUGAUCGAGAUCCCCGUUUCACCGGCGCCUUCUGGAAGGAGACCUUCCGCUUGCUGGGGUCCCGACUUCAAUUCUCCACAUCGCAGCACCCGCAGACCGACGGCCAAACAGAAAGGACGAACCGCACCAUGGAGCAGACCCUCCGCCACUACGUCAACUACCGCAUGGACAACUGGGACUCACUCCUCCCCGUGGUAGAGUUCGCCCUUAACAACAGCAAGAGCGACUCCACGGGCCAGUCUCCGUUCUUCCUAGAGACGGGCCGACACCCGAUUAUCCCAGCUACACUCGUCACCCGCCAGGCCAUACGCCGCACGGACACACCUGCAGCCGAGGACUUCGUGGUGCGCCUCAAGAGCAUCAUCACCGCCGCAAGAGACGCCCUCGCCCAGGCACAGGACAAGCAGAAGAGGUACGCCGACCAGCGCCGCAGCGACGACAUCAAAUACAGUCCCGGCGAUCAGGCAUGGGUCACCGCUGACCUCUUCGUCGACCAGGCCAACCAGCGACGACCCAAGGACAAGCUGAAGCCCCGCUGGCAAGGCCCCUUCACUGUCAUCGACAUGCCGUCGCGCACGACCGUGCGACUCCGGUUCCCCAGCCACGUGCGGGCGCACCCGGUCGUCAACGUCACCAAGACCAAGCCGUGUGUCAACAGCCCGUCAGACUUCAACACGCGCCCCAAUGACGAACCACCACACCUGCCGGACGGCGAAUCGGACGAAUACGAGGUGGAACGCAUCCUCGACGAGCGAGUCCGACGCGGCAAGAGGCAGUACCUGAUCAAGUGGGCCGGCUACGACAUCAACGACAGCACUUGGAUCAACGAGGACCAGCUCACACGCGACGUGCGUUCACUGAUCAUGGAGUGGCAUCAGGCCUCGCGCAACGCAUCGGCUUGA